AAACAUACGGCGGCCCUGGACUCCCAAAAGACUACACCGAAACGAGAGUCGUCUGCAUCCGCUUUGGCUUCACUAGUGUCCUCGUGAGGAAUCGGAGUUAAGAGAAGUGAAGUGACAGCCGGCAGGUAGCUGGAUCAGGAUGGCGGCCGUAGUGAACUACUCCCCGCCUUGGUGGGUGAACCUGCUUCACCGGUUGCCCCAUUUCAACUUGGAGUUCCAGGUUGUGAGCAGUGACUUUCGACCGGAGGAUUCAGAGUACCAGAAGUCCAUUUUGCUGCUCGGCGCUGUGGCGUUGCUGUGUCUGGGCCUGGACCUCCUCUUCCUCCUGUUCUACUCAUUCUGGCUUUGCUGCCGGCGACGCAAGAGUGACGAUUCCUCGCACUCCCAUUCGCACUCCCAGCAGCCCAGUGCCGACUGCUGCUGCACCGCGUGGUGCGUCAUCAUCGCCACCCUCGUCUGCAGUGCUGGCAUCGCUGUAGGAUUCUAUGGAAAUGGGGAGUCGAGUGAUGGAGCCAAUCGUUUGGCUUACUCCCUCCGUCAUGCCAACCGCACCGUAUCUGGGGUGGAGAAACUGGUGUCAGACAGCGCCUUAGCCUUAAACCAGACAGUGGAGGAGAGCUUAGUCCAGUUGGAGACAGCCUUCCAGGAUCAGACAGACUACGUGUCCAUCGUCCAAAAGCUGCAGGGACAGCUGGACGAGUUGGUGAGGCUGAUGGUGGAUGUUCCCUUCUGGACCAAUACUGACAUUUCCCUGGAGGACUUGGCCCGCAAGACGGAGGCUUUCGAUUUUUACAGGUGGUUGGGGUACCUUGGCCUGCUGCUGUUUGAUGUACUCAUUUGUCUUCUGGUGCUCUUCGGCCUCAUACGCAACUCUAGAGGCACUCUGAUUGGAGUGUGUCUGCUUGGGGUUCUGACUCUGAUAAUCAGCUGGGGGUCUCUCGGUCUGGAACUGGCUGUCGCUGCCUCAGCCAGCGAUUUCUGCGUUUCCCCGGAUACCUAUGUCACCAGGGUAACCAAGGAAAACGCUGUCAUCAACCAAGAUAUCCUGCAGUAUUACCUGACGUGCAGCUCUGGCCAAAUUAACCCCUUCCAGCAGAGGCUGUCAGGGAGUCACAAAGCAUUGGUGGAGAUGCAAGAUGAUGUGGCAGAGCUACUGAGAUCAGCAACACGUGAUUAUGCCACCACUAAGGGGAGUCUCGAGCAAAUCCAGUCUGUGCUGAAUUCCACCGAGGUUGGUCUUCACCAGCUGACUGCUCUGGUCGACUGCCGCAGCCUACACAUGGACUAUGUUCAGGCGUUGACUGGACUGUGUUAUGACGGGGUGGAGGGUCUCAUCUACCUGGUUCUCUUCUCCUUUGUCACUGCUCUGAUGUUCUCCUCCAUUGUGUGCAGUGUGCCACAUACCUGGCCUGGCAAGAGGACGGAUGAGGAAGACGGAGAGGACGAGUCGGGUGCCUCACGGGGCGGUGUGCACGAUAACCUGUACCGCGUUCACAUGCCCAGUCUCUACAGCUGUGGCUCCAGCUACGGUAGCGAAGCUAGCCUGCCCGCUACAGCCCACACUGUCAGCAAUGCCCCCGUCACUGAAUACAUGAGCCAGAACGCAAACUUUCAGAACCCUCGGUGUGAGAACACCCCCCUGAUUGGCAGGGAGUCCCCUCCACCCUCUUACACCUCAAGUAUGAGAGCAAAGUACCUGGCCACCAACCGACCGGACCAGAACCGACGCUCCGUUCCCAACGACCAACUGGACCCGGCUAGCCGGCCUAACCCCGCAGCCCGACCACAGUCCUCAGUGCACUAGAAACCAGUUCCGCAUCUGUCCACCCCAGUACUGCCUGAAUCCAGUUCUCACAGCCAAUAACAAGAUCCAACGUGAUGCUCACCAGAGCUUAAAAGCACCAACAGGACCACAGUUUGUCAAGGAAUUACACCGCCCGGUUCACCAGAAACAGCACCUCAGCAAAGGACUGCACUUUGAAGGUCAACCUCUACUUCUCACCCACAAUUAUUCAAAAAGGAAAAAGUCCAUCCCUGAAGAUCAUAAGUUAUACUCCUCUGCUUAGAGGACACACACCCCGAGAUGCUGGUUUCCACCACUGCCGUGAUGGAUCAACCCAUAUACCCACAAUGCACAGCAGUUAAAGCGCCUUGGCUCCGUCUCCAGUUUCUUCUUCCACUCUUCAAUGCUCUCCUCCUCCACUGGGAUCCGCACAGUGCCCUCCAGUGGAGACAGCUACGCCACUCUCACCGUCCAAUGCCGUGACACUCUGACACUCAGACCACACACUCACACACAGACAAGCCCACACACACAUGCAUACACACACUGUACAGAGCUGUAAAUAGUAAACAUGAGCUUUACUCUGAUUUCAUGAAAAGUAGACUGUUGAAUCAUAACUGGUAAAUGUGGUGUGCUGCGUGUUUAUCAUGGAAGUUUUUUGCUGUAUCUCUCAAACACACACACACACACACACAAAUCGGCUGACACAUCUGUAUAAAUAAUAAGCCAGUGAAUCAGAAAGCCAUGUUUAUAGGUAGAAACAGUACCAACACAUCCAUAUUCUCUUUAGCUUAACAUUGUCGUCUAACUAAGACUUGAAUCGUGAGCUUGAAAAGUGUGUCCAUGUCUCUCUCCAUAUUUGUUUACGUGCACAUACAGUACAGGCGUCGAUUAAUGCAUUUCGAAUAUGAGCCAGGAAUCCUGUUGGGGAAUAACUAUUUGGAAUUUGGGGAAUUGGAGCGAGAGACGAGGGGCAUAAGAAGGCUCAACCUGUGCCAAAAAACUCUGAAUAAUGAGGGAUGCCUGAUUCUGUCCUCUUCUCCUACUGCCUCCAGAUGUGUCGAAAAAAGGGAAGAAAAACUUUUCCCUCCGACUGUAAAUACUAUGGGAAUGGGAAAGACACUUGAAAAAAGGAAAAAAAACGGUGGACAGAAAUGGAAUAAGACUGACUGAAAAUUGCGACCACACAUUUGUCAGGUGCUAUGUAAGCCAGUCGAGGUCAGAGAAGACGAUCAGGACUUGAGGGACGGACGUUUUUAUUCCUUUAAUGUUUUGUUUUGUUUUCAUUCAGGGAUGUGAUCAGGAAUAUUAAAAGCAGUAAAAAUAAAACAGCUUUCCAUCAUUACUGAGUGGAAGUUAUGUUUCGAAACCUGAAAAAAAAAAAACAUGUCCCUGAUUAAUAAUGUUAUGUAAAAGUGUUUAAAUUCACAGAAAGUUGGUGUUUUUUAUGUUUUAUCAUAAGCUGAAAUUCGGGAUGUGAUACUGUGACCAACUGUAGUAUUUUGUUUUCUUCUGUACUGUUUUUUUUCCUGUGCUUUUAUUUUCUUAACUGCUGACCUUGGAUCAACCUUUAGCCACAAGUAGUGAGUCUUUUUUCUUUCUUUUUUCUUUUUUUUUUUACCCACAAGCACAAAUUCUCUUCAAGGUGACUUUGCGAGGCGGAGAAGUAAAACACACCGCCUGGGACACUGCCAGUGGUUUUUGCUCCCACUCUAAAACUCUCUGUACAGUGUAUAAAAACUGUAUCCGUGAACCCGUGUGUGUGACAUCACUGCAGCGUGAUUGGCUAUUGCUCUAUCUCAGUGUUACUGUGUGUAAGUACAGUGAUCGGUGUGUCUGACUGGCAACAAGCAAGGGCCAGCUUAUCUAGCCUGAGUCAUUUCUAUACAGACGCCACGCAUGCCCUCAUACACACAUUGAAACCUGAAACACACACACACACACACAUACAUGCUGUACAGACAUUCACUACACACGCCACAGUUUCUUAUAAAAAUCUAUCUUUCCCUACUUUUGUCCUGUUUACAUUCACUUCUAGAGCUGUAGUAACUACACACCCUGCCACAGCUUUGACAUCACACUGAAACCAUUUGCAUUAUGGGUGAUGUAGUAGGUAGAAACCUGGAAUCUAGUAAUUAGCCGAGUGAGCAGAGCCCUAACAUUCAAACACCUUCCAACCACCUUUCCUGUACAGCAUUUUAAUAUGUUAUUAUUAAUCAAUGACCACUUCUCGUAUUAGCGAGACAAUCUUACAUGUGUGAUUUUACUAGAAUGAAAAUGUCCAUGUUAUGGUAACAAUGCUACCUAUGGUCUAGUACUUUACAGUGUUUUUUGCACGAUCGAUGCAAAUGAUGUUAAGAUCUGUGGGACUAGUCACUGAUUAAUGGCCUUUCAUAAUGUUUUUAAACUCUUACAACACUCUUCAUAUCACAACAUGUUUUUUUAUUUUUCUCUGUCUUGUAAAAAUCAGACUUUAAAGAUAAAAUAAUAGCUAGCUGUUUUGUAGGAGAAUAAAGGCAAGAGCAGCGUUUUUCCUCUCUUAUUAAUGGUGAAUGACUCUCUGUCUUGCAAUGUUUUAAUAAAACUAUUCCAGUGUAGUUUGCACACCUGACCUAAAGUUGUAUUUGAAUUCCUGUGCAAUGCUUUCUGGGAUUUGAACAGUCUGAUACGGUAUGUCUUGACGGAAAAAGGUCCACGCUCAUGUUUAAGAGUCAGUCAUGUUUGCGUGUAUGUGUGGUAUUUACAGGACUUCAAAUACACCUCUGUCCAGAUGUGACAGACAAACAAUGUUUUCUAUGGCUGUUUUUAUUUUCUGAUGGUUUAACUAAGAUAUUAAUGAUGUACAUGUCAAAACUGUGGUAAUGAUAUCAUUCAGCCUGGAAUAAAUGUUUUAAAAAAAAGAAAUUAAAGCAACUUUAACAUACUGA